AUGGCAACCAAAGCCGCGCAUAAACGACUUGUUCGGGAGUACGAGGCAAUUCAGCGUUCUCCACCUCCAUUCAUACAGGCGCACCCAAGCGAAAGCAACAUACUAGAAUGGCAUUAUAUUCUGACUGGGGCUCCGAACACACCAUAUGAAGGAGGACAAUACCAUGGUACUUUAAUUUUCCCGCCCGAUUAUCCUUUCGCACCGCCUGCGAUUCGAAUGCAUACUCCCUCAGGCCGUUUCCAACCCUCCACGAGACUUUGUUUGAGUAUUUCCGACUAUCACCCUCAACUAUUCAAUCCUGCAUGGUCAGUGUCCACCAUACUGAUAGGGCUCAUGUCAUUUAUGAACAGCGAGGAAAUGACAGCAGGGAGCAUUGGCGGGUCAUCUGCAGAGCGAAAAUGGCACGCAGCAAGGUCAAGAUGGUGGAACUCCACUGGUGGCGGAUCAGCCUCGAGACCCGUUCCCGGUGUCCAGCCGACCACAAGGGGGAUUGGCAACAUUAAAGCAGGAGACGGCGGGGCAAAGUUCCGGGUAGAGUUCCCUGAUGAGGACAAGCAAAACUGGACAUGGAUGAAAGAGCAUCGUAUUGACCCAGCUACUGGUCGGAUGCUCCCCGACGAAGAGGGCGAAGAGGUCAAUUGCUCACCAGAGACGAGAGCCUUGCGACGGAUCUUGGGAGGGAGCACCGGUGUCGGAGUUGUGGUGCAAGGUGGCCAGGCUGCGAGGGAUGCAGGCCAAGGUUGGAUUUGGCGAAACAAGAUGUGGAUCGCAGCGGGCUGCGUUGUCGUGUAUUUCAUGCUAGCAAGGAUAUUCGGUGAAGAAGAGGGUGUUCUAUGA